CAAUGCCCUCACGGAAGAUUUAUUCACCGUUCACCGUCCGCACACUUAAUUAUUUGCGAAAUUGCGUUAGUUUUAACCAUUACUCAUUAUUAGUCAUCACGAGUUUACGCUUGUUGUCGGCUUAAGUGCUAACAAUUCUUGGAUAUCUGUACCUCAGACUUGACGUUAGGUAGGGACGUCCAUUUAUGAGUCUGUCGGGCACAGGCACGUCGUUCCUUUGUUACGCACAUAGAUUUUUUUUAAUAAAUUUGUGAAAUUUUCCGACACCACCGCAUCCGGUAUGGCGACCACGAUUUUGAUGGCGGUGCCCACGAAACGCGCGUCCGAAGUGAACAUAGUGAAACCUUUGCGAAAUCUGAUAUCGUCACACUACAACUCGGCUGACAAUCCCGAAGACUACACCGAAGCGAUCAACGAACUCGGCAAACUCCGCAGCCAGGCGCUCUGGAAGGUGUUGGACAAAUAUGAUAACUCUCUUGAACUAAUAUACACGUAUUAUGAUCAGAUAACUUCAUUAGAAUCAAAAGUGCCUCCAUCUGAAGUACAGAUUCCUUUCAAGUGGAAAGAUGCAUUCAAUAAAAUGACAUCAUUCUUUGCUAAUGGAAAAGUCAGUAUAACUCUAUGUUCAUUUGCUUAUGAGAGAAUAUGCGUACUAUUUAAUAUAGCAGCUCAACAAAGUGCAAUAGCAUCUGCUCAAAAUUUAGAGACUGAUGAUGGAUUAAAAAUGGCUGCUAAACUUUUCCAACAAAGUGCUGGUAUAUUUAAUACUUUAAAAACAACAGUUAUGAAUGUUAUUCAACAAGAUCCAACACCAGAUUUAAAUCCAGAUACAUUGGCAAUGUUAUCAUCUCUUAUGUUGGCUCAAGCUCAAGAAGUGUUUAUAGUUAAAGCAAACAUAGAUAAAAUGAAAGAUCAGACAAUUGCUAAAUUAUGUGCACAAUGUGAAGAAUUUUAUGCAGACACAGCAAAAAUGAUGGAGAGAGAAACAGUUAUGAUGUCAUUGGAUAAGGAAUGGACAUCAAAUGUUUAUGGAAAACAGUCAAUAUUUCAUGGUUUGGCCCAAUAUUAUCAAGCAAUGGUUUGUAAGGCUAAUAAAACUAUUGGUGAAGAAAUUGCCAGGCUUAAUGUAGCUAUUUCAUAUAUUAAAGUUGGCCAAGAGCGAUGCGCUCGUUCAUAUUACAAUGACCGUCUAAAUAAAGCUAUACAAGAGUUAACUGAAGCAAAAAAAGACAAUGACUUCAUUUAUCAUGAACGAAUUCCAGAUAUCAAACAUUUAGAACUAAUAUCUAAAGUUGCAAUUGCCAAACCUACUCCUGUGCCAUCAAAGUUUUCAUCCAAAUUUAAAGAUUUAUUUGAAGAUUUAGUGCCAAUGUCAGUUCAACAAGCACUUAGUGCAUAUGAUGUUCGUAAAACAGAACUUGUUAAUUCAGAAAUUGGAAAGUUGAGAGAAUCUACACAAAUAUUGAAUGGAUGUUUGGCGUCAUUAAACUUGCCAGCAGCACUAGAAGAUGUUAAAGGUGUAGGAAUACCACAAUCACUAGUUGAAAAAUCUAACAGUAUACGAAUGAAUGGUGGAGUACAAAAAUUAGAAAAUAUGAUCAGAGAAUUACCAGAGCUGUUGAAACGAAAUGAAGAAAUAAUUAAUGAGUCCGAACGGAUGUUGAAUGAAGAACAAGCAUCUGACGAAUCACUCCAAGCACAGUUCAAAGAAAAGUGGAAUCGCACCAAAUCAAAUGUUCUUACUCAAGUUUUUAAAGUUAACAUAACUAAAUAUCGCGAGAUCAUUAAGAAUGCCAAAUCUGCUGAUAAGAUGAUUCAUGAAAAGUUUGAAACACACAAGCGAGCUAUUUAUUUAUUAUCUGAAGGACAAGAAGCCAUGCAAAAUGUAUUGCCUGUUGGAUCUAGUACUGGAGUUAAUUUUGCCAAUUCGACAGCUGCUGAUAAAUUAAGACACUUAAUGGAAGAGGUGGAAGUAUUGAAAAAUGAAAGAGAUGUUAUUGAAACGGAAUUAAAAUGUGCCACAACUGAUAUGAAAUCAAAGUUCUUGAAUGCUUUGUCUGAAGAAGGAUCUAUCCACGAAGCUAAUUUGUCAACUGAGAGUUUAGAUCAAUCUUAUGGACAUUUAAAAGCUCAAGUUAAUGAUAGUCUUGCUAGACAAGACAAACUUUUAUCCAAUAUACAGGUGGUGAAUACAGAAUUUUGUAGAGAAAAGAGCAGUGGUGGCCAAAGAGAAGCCCUCUUUAAAGAUUUAGCAUCUGGUUAUGAUGUAUUUAAUGAUUUACAAAGUAAUUUAGUUGAAGGAACUAAAUUUUAUAAUGACUUAACUGAAAUUUUAAUCACUGCCCAAAACAAAAUUUCCGAUUUUUGUUUUGCUCGAAAAGCAGAAAAAGAAGAGUUACUUAAAUCAUUAACUGCAGAUUUAAGUAGAGAAAAACCCAUUUCUGUUCCAAUCGCACCUGCUAAAACCCAAAUCCAUGAAUCGCCCAUGGGUGCUCAGCUUCCUUAUCCUAUGCAACCACAGGGUAUGCCCUUACCGUACACACUUCCAAGGACUGGACCAUCUUACCAACCUCCUACGUACAUGUGUGCUGCGCCUAUGCCAACUACAUACAAUCCUUAUGCGACACUUCAUCAUUAUCAGCCACAAAACUAUCAAAACUAUGCAGCUCAAGGUCAACCACAAUAUCCUCCUCAAUAUCCUCCACAAUACCCUCCACAAAAUCAGCAACAGCCACCGUGGUAAAUGUGAAUUUGGUGAAAU